ACUGCACAUACGUCACGUUUCGCCCCCGUGGACUCAGUUUAGUUCCUCUCAUUUCCUCUCACUUCUCCUUUCCUCUCCUCAACUUUUUGCAGACCAAUAUCUCUCGGGCAGCGAGCCUCACGUCCCCUUCCCAUACCCAAUCACCACAGCUCCAUCAAAUAGGCAUUCCCCAAAGACUGGGUGAGUAUUCUGACCAGAAGGCAGAAACACAGAACAGCACUGACUCUUUCUAGGGCAAAGGCAUGCUGGAGACGACCCUGGAGUACGAGGCAACCAAGGACUUCGACGAGCAGCUCGGGCUGCGUGAGCUGCGAGCCAAAGUCAACGGCAAGGCUGGCAUCACGGACCACUUCCUCCCCAACCAAUUCUCCAUCGGUGCAGAGCACAACUACGGCACACACUCGAUCGAAAUCGUGCGCGCAUACCUCGACUCUGGGGCUCUGAUCCGCCUGCUGGAAGGCGACCUCUGGAAGGACAACCGCUGCUGGACACCGUUCGACGGCCACAGAUACAUCACCUUCGUUGCUGGUGUCAUGUCUGUUGGGGCCAAAUUGCCGGCCAAGAUGAAAGAUGGACUCCCGAAGCUGGUGCAUCCCGCGUACAUCAAGCACAUCAAGAACGUCGAUGCCAGCUUCGUCCGCUCAGCGCUCGCCAUCAAACAGUUCAAGCAAGCCAUCGAGACGUACAAAGAAGGCGAGCCGUACAAAUGGGGCAACAAGACUUUCCUGGAAGCAUCCAUCAGCGCUAUGAUGCCUGGCAAAACCACCAUCAAGAACUUUGGGCAUCUCAAAGUUCUCGAGCUGACGGUCAGCAACGGCAUGAUGAUUCCACAAGUCAUCGGGCCACCCACAGACGAGGAGCUGGGUGCUGCACCAAUCCACGCUGCACAAGUCUGCGCUCAUUGCGGCCGCGAGGACGAGGGGGGUAAGCGGUUGGAAGUGUGUGCUGGAUGUCGCGAUCGCAAGUACUGCAGCAAGGAUUGCCAGAAGAAGCACUGGAAGCUGCACAAGAUCAUCUGCUCCAUCCACAAGGAACAGAUGGACGCAUUCCUGAACACCAUUCCCCUCGACGCAGCCAAGUCUGCUGCUCUCAACCGCCAGGAUGAUCAGAAAGAUGCGGUGGGAGACCACAUCGUUCUGGGUUCGAUGGGCCACGGCGCGAUGAAGGGCAUGGGAAAGGGUCGAUCGUCUGCCUCGUAAGACUCUAGCUUCCGUCCGGUGUGGUAUGUCCGUACAUCGACUGUGGUGGAUUUGAGAUGAGAGGAAGCUCGGGAGAUGGAGGGUCAUGUUUAUCGCUUCAUCCAGGGCGCUGAAGUGG